AUGGCGUCUAGGGUGGUCAGGGCAUACAAAACGGCGGCGCUGGAGGCGGUCCGGGUCCUGGCCCGUGUUCCCCCGGCAAACCUGCUUGCGCGUCAGCAAAUAGACCGGUUCCUUCGUUUCCGGGAGUACCGGAACGAAGGAGUUGACAUCACUUCCAAUCGGACGCUGCUGGUCAACCAGCAGGUGGAGCGGGCCCUUGUACGCAGGUGGCGGGAGCGUCUCCUGGCGCCGGGUGGGUCCGGCCUCAGGGUUCGGGAGGCGGUUGACCCGGUGUUGAAUCGGUGGCUGGGACGAGCUCAUGGUGAACUCACUUUUUACCUUACCCAGAUCCUCACCGGGCAUGGUUCGUUCGGCGACUACCUGUUCCGCAUCCGGAAGGCCGACACUCCAGCGUGUCCUCACUGUCCCUCCGCGGAGAAUAGCGCGCAACACACGCUGGAGGAGUGCCCAGCGUGGGCACAGGAGCGUGCGGCCGUGCGGGCGCACAGUGGCGACAACUUGUCGCUCUCGGCGGUUGUCAGCGCCAUGUUGCGCGACGCAGGGUGUUGGCGGGCAAUAGUGGCCUUCUGUGGCACAGUCAAGGAGGAUGCGGAACUGGCCCGCCAGGGGCAGCCCGCGAGCAGAAGACGGCGAAGGUCCCCGCGGCUUGCUGGUGACAACGAGAGCGAGUAG